GCGCGGUUCCCAGCCUCCCCGCCUCCCGCGGGACGACCGCGGGCUUAUUACACCCGGGAGCAGCGCCGCGCCGAGCCCGCCACCGACGCCGCUGCUGCGGGAUGCUGCGCUCCACGUCCACGGUCACCCUGCUCUCGGGCAGCAGCUCCGGGGCGCCCAACAGGAGGGCAAAUGUCUGCAGACUACGGCUGACUGUACCUCCCGAGAACCCAGUGCCUGAGCCGAGUGAAAAUAAGGUUGAAAGAAGAGAGCAGCAUCGUGACCUGAGCAAUGGAGAAGCAACCAGGAAACUUCCUCAGGGUGUUGUCUAUGGUGUGGUACGAAGAUCAGAUCAAAACCAGCAGAAAGAAAUGGUGGUGUAUGGGUGGACCACCAAUCAGCUGAAAGAAGAGAUGAACUACAUCAAAGACGUGAGAGCCACUUUGGAAAAAGUAAGAAAGAGAAUGUAUGGAGACUAUGAUGAAAUGAGACAGAAGAUCCGACAGCUCACCCAGGAACUGUCAGUUUCACAGGCAAAGCAGGACUAUCUGGAGAAUCACAUCCAAACCCAGUCGUCAGCCCUGGACAGUUUUAAUGCCAUGAACGCGGCAUUGGCGUCGGACUCCAUCAGCUUGCAGAAAACCCUCGUGGAUGUUACUUUGGAGAAUAGCAACAUCAAGGAUCAGAUCAGAAAUCUGCAGCAGACGUACACAGCCUCCAUGGACAAGCUGCGGGAGAAGCAGAGGCAGUUAGAUGCAGCGCAGGUUGAAAACAAGCUGCUGAAAAUGAAGGUGGAAUCCUCCCAACAAGCCAACGCGGAGGUGAUGAGAGAGAUGACCCGGAAGCUGUACAGCCAGUACGAACAGAAGCUGCAGGAGGAGCAGCAGCGGCACAACGCGGAGAAGGAGGCUCUCCUGGAAGAAACCAAUAGUUUUCUGAAAGCCAUUGAAGAAGCCAAUAAAAAGAUGCAGGCGGCAGAGAUCAGCCUAGAGGAGAAGGACCAGAGGAUCGGGGAGCUGGACAGGCUGAUUGAGCGCAUGGAGAAGGAACGCCAUCAACUUCAGCUUCAACUCCUGGAGCAUGAAACAGAAAUGUCAGUGGAAAUAACUGAUUCUAACAAAGAAAGGUAUCAGCAGCUGGAGGAGGCGUCAGCCAGCCUCCGGGAGCGGAUCCGACACCUAGAUGACAUGGUGCAUUGCCAGCAGAAGAAAGUCAAGCAGAUGGUUGAGGAGAUCAUGUCCCACGAGCUCUUCUCCAGAUUUAGUCUCCGGCUCUUUGGAAGAUGACAAAAUGGUAGCCUGCUCUGGGUUGGAAGCAGUUGCUUUCAUUGUUCGUGGUUAGAAGAACACUGUAUUCUCGCUGCUGGGAAGAGGUGGUGUGUAUGUGUGAUGAGCUGAUGAACAAAACACGAAGAACAUGCUAUUGAAAGGAAAAUGUGAUGACGUAGGGCUCUUAUUUGUGGAAACACCCACAUUCUGUAACCUCAGCUUCUAUGGCCUGACACCACACAGUCAAGAGAACUCCAAGAACCAUAGAGUAUUUCUAGCAAUGUGGGUUCCUAGGCAUCAAAGAAGGAACUGUGGUGAAAGAUAGUACUAAAAUAUAAUUUAAAAGUGCCAGGUGGAGGCUGGUCCUAAGAUCUUGGAGACUGAAGCCUUAUUUAUGGAAAAGCUCUCAAGGACACCUGCCAAGGAGAUGGGAAGCAGGCUCGAAGAACCUCAGUGCUCCGGGAGGAAGUGCUCCCCACCUGAUCACACCCCAGGAAAUACAAAAGCAGCCAAGUGUCUCUGUCGUUUGAUUAUAUUUGUAUGUAAGAAGUGGCCCUGAGGAUGUCAUAGUGCUGAAUCAAGAUACAACACUAAUCAACUUAGCACUCUCCUUGUUUAAGUACAUUUGGUUUGCUUCUAUCACCGUGAAUACACAGCUCAACUCACUUCAUUAAAAGAAGUAUAUCUGAUGAAAAGAGAAAUGUAUUUGGCUGAAAUGUCCAUAACAUCUUAUGGGAAAACCUGAACAAACUUUUUGACCCACCCAAUGUAUUGACAUGAAAUAUACUUCAUGCAUGCUAUAUUUUUAUAGAGGCCUUGAGACAGCCACAGGCCCUGGUAUCUCAACUAAAUAGUGUUGCUGAGAAUUGUAAUAGCAGCAGUGGUAAUAAUAGUCAGUGGGUGGUAUUAGCCUAGUGCUGGAGUGAGUUCAUCAAGGGGGUGGGUGUCACUUAGACGUUGGGUAGUUUUUUCCACUCCAUCCACUUCUCUGUGGCCAAGCGGGCAGGUAAAUGCUUUCUUGUCAGUAGCUGGCUUUGGUCUUUCGUUUAGAUGUUUCUGUGCAGCAGAAAGGGAGCACAUGGAUAACUUUGCACGUGAGUAGUGAACUGGUGAUGUAGUUUUACUCCCCGCCAGUGUUCUGUUUGAAUGUAGAUCCACAGAUACUCUGCUGGGUUUCCCAACUUCCACCAGGGAACUUGGAAUCAGAUCUGAGAAUCGCUCAUCUAGAUAUCACUCUAGCAUAGGGACCUAUGCUGUUUCUAGAGAUUCCAUUACUGCCCUCAUGUUUUUCAAAGUCUGUGGAAAAGUUACUGGCAUUUGUUCUAGUGGAGUAGACUCGCUACUCAGCUUCAAAGAAUGAAAUAAUAUCAAACCAGGGAAUGUAAUGACUUCUAGAGAAAGUGGGGCACCCAUGUGGGCCUCCUUCCUAGGACUGUGUGCUCUUGCCUGCCCUGGGAGUUCCUUCCCUCUUCUGGGCCAUGGGUAGUGUCCUGGGGCCAGAUGAGCCUUCUGCUGUGGGGCAGAGAAUGAGUGAGCGGCUGAGACUGUCUGCAAGACCCUAAGAGUACCUCUGAAAUUUCGCCUUACCUAGACGCCCCACGCACCUCUGCUUUGGCCUGAGGCUGGUUCCUGGGCUGGUUGGGGACCUCCUCAGAUCUGGGUCCCCUGCCUUGCAGGACCUCCCUCCAUCUGCUCCUCCUUGCCUUUGCCCAUGUCCCUCAGUUCACCACUCCUGCCAGGACAGCGAUAUAGUGUGAACUUGACUUACUACAUCAAACGUGAGUUAGGUGCUCAAACCCUGCCCCACCCCCACUCACACUACCCCCCAUCCCCAACCCUUAAUUGGAUCCUAAGCCUGGGACUCUUUUUUAAGGCUAUACUUUUGUCCUAGGGCCACUCACUCUCCUACCCAAAGGAGACACUACUCACAAGCUGAAUUUAUGGUAGUUGAAAAUGUUACAGUUUUCAAUUCUGGUGUUUAACACUGCAUUAGCCACUUCUUGAUUUAAAAAUCUUAGAUGCUUGAUCUAAAAUGUGAAGGUUUUAGAAGGUGUCAGAAAGUUCACACAGAUGUAAACUUUUUUUUUCUGUGCAUUAUUGAAACAUUGCAGGUUCAUUGUAUUGCUGGUACUGGUUAAUGUAUUCACGAUUUGACCUGUCCUUUCAAGGGAGAAGGUCUUUUCUUUGUAAAUGUCACUGAACCCACGUUCUGUUUGUUGAAAUCAUUUCUGAUUGGCUCAGAUAUAUUUCUCAGAGACUUGGGAGCUCACAUUCUGUCCAUAGUAGUUUCUGUGACUGCUUCUCAUCCAAGUAACUCUCAGAGAGUGGGUGUUUAUUGUGUUGCGUGGCUGUGCAUCUAGACCUCCAUGCCACCGUUAACUCUCUGUGGGUGGUAUUGUUAGCACCAUUUUUUAGUACAGGAAGCUGAAGCUUAGUCUUAAAAAAAUAAGUUGCCAGCAGCCUCUCCACAAGUGAUGACGGUGCUAGGUCUACACCCAGAUUUUUGACUCCAAAGCUAGCCUCGUUCUUUGCUUCUUAUUUUUUUAGCAGUUGGAAAAAAUUAUAAUUUUUUUUUUGUUUGGCCUCACUGCACAGCAUGUGGGAUCUUAGUUCCCUAGCCAGGGAUUGAACCUGUGCCACCUGCAUUGGAAAUGUGGAGCCUUAAUCACUGGACCACCAGGGAAGUCCCUGGAAAAAAUUUUAAAUAUGGAGAAUAAUAAAAAUAAAACCCAUGUACUCUCUUCUGGAAUUGAAAGAUAUUAACAUUUUGAGAUAUUUUGUAUUUUUUUCUAAAUAAAGAACUUUAAAGAAGUUCUCAUUUUACUCCUCCCAUUUCGAAUCUUUGUCCUUCUUACCCUCCACCCCAUCCUGCCCCAACGCUUCCUUCAGAGGCAACUGGCCUCUAUCCAGACCAUGUUUCUCUGCUUUUAUUACACAUACACAUGUUUAUUGUCAAUAUAUAGCUUAGUUUCUGUGUUUAAAAAGGUAUGCAGGGAGUUUCCUGGUGGCCUAGUGGUUAGGAUUUGGUGCUUUCGUCACAGGGGCCUGGGUCUAACCCCUGGUUGGGGAACCAUCCCACAUGCUGUGUUGUGUGGACAAAAUACAAAUAAAUAAUAAAACUGUGUAAUAUUUUAUAUAUAGUGUAUAAAUAAAUUUCAUUGUAUUUAUUUUUAAACUUACUCUUUUCCCCAAUUUUGUUUUUGGUGUUGUUCCAUAUACUAGAUCUUAAUUAUUCAUUUUGAUGGCUCUCUAAUAUUCCACUAUCUGAAUAUAUUAUAAUGUAUCCUCUUGAUAGACAUUUAGCUUGUUUCCAAUUUUUUAUUCUUGUGCAAACAAUACUGUACAUGUGUCUAUGCUUAUCGAGGGAAUAAACUUAGAGGAGGAAUUGCUGGGGACUGGGGUUGGGACAGUCUCACCGCUGUCAAUCCCCAAAGUACACAUAGACUUCUACCCGUCAUGUGUAAGGGCAGAUUUCCCCACAUCCUCAUCACCUCUUAGACUAUAAUUUUAGCCAGUUGUGAAAUAAUAUUUCUUUGGCUUAGUUUUAAUUCGCAUCAGCCUGGUAGCUGCUCAUUACAAUUAGAGAAAUUGACCCUAAACUUCUUGGCAGUCAGGCUCCCAUUAUAAAUUGGUUGUUCACAUCUUUUGUUCAUUUUUCUGUUUGGUGUUUCUUUUUUCCUGCUAAUUUGUAGGAAUUCUGUGUAUUGCCAAUAUUAGCUGUUUAUCAAAAAAUAUUUGCAUGCUAUUAUCUUUUCCCAGUUUGUGGUUUUUGGUUGUUUAUGGGGUUUUGUAUAAUAUACACAUUUAAAAAUUUUUGUUAUGAAAUUAUCAAUCUUUUUGUGCUGUGUUGUGCGUCUUGUUUGUCAUAAGUUUUAGAGUUUUGUUUUUCAUUUUUAGGUCUGUAAUCACCACCGUCCCCCCCACCCCCGACAUUGUUGCCCACCGUGCUUCCUUACUCUGUUUUUCUCCAUAGCACUUUAUCAUCUUGUGAUAUACCUACACUUACCUGUUUUGCUUGUUUAUGUAUUGUCUCUUUCUCUCCACUGGAAUGUAAGCUCUCUGAGGGUAGUGGUUUUUGUCUGUUUCAUUCAUGUCUGUAUCCUCAACACUUGGAAUAGUCAGACAUAU